ACUGCGUUUGGUGAGAUAUUGGCGUUUUAGGACCCUGAGGAGGAGCAGCUCUUGUCCUCUCCUCCGUGGCGUUUAUGUAGGUGUGUGGCGAGUGUUGUUGGCCUGAUUGAGUGUCAGUGGAGGGAUGAAGAGAACCGCGGACGGUCACGCGUGUCCAGCAUGCGCACAUAGCUACAGCUCUGCGCGUCUCAUCUCAUCAUGACCGGCGCUCACCUCAACAAUAGCGUCUCUCCUUGAAUUCUACAGCUCUUGGAUUUUGUUGACUACUGGGACUUUCACAACCUUUUUUUGUUCUCACUCGUAAUAUAUAUUUUACCAACUCCUUUAUUUAGCUGUAUAAAAAGUUGAAGAAAACGGGUUUUGGUAUUUUGUUUGACUGAUUCCCUACAGACAAUGCACAUAAUCGGUUGAAAGUCCUUAGAAGGAAAAAUAACAAGAACAACCGGCAGAAACAACAACACAAAACAAGCUAAUUUAUUCAAGGAUCCGCGCUUUGACUUAAAGGAAAUAAACAUGUCCAGCAGAAGCAUCGAGUGGGAGCAUUUCGAGGAGCGCGAGAAGAGUCACCGGUCCACGCGGGGCAGUGGCGCUUCUCAUUCCGGCUCGCGGGGUAACGGGCUCGUGCCUAGUCCCGCUCACAGUGCGCACUGUAGUUUCUACCGCACGCGCACACUGCAGUCGCUCACCUCCGAGAGGAAAGCGAAAAAAGUUCGCUUCUAUCGGAACGGUGAUAAGUACUUCAAGGGCUUGGUGUACGCGGUGUCCAGUGAGCGCUUCAGAUCCUUCGACGCGCUGCUGAUGGAGCUCACCCGCUCCCUCUCGGACAGUGUCAAUUUACCGCAGGGAGUCCGGAACAUCUAUGCCAUGGAAGGGGGGAAGAAGAUCACCAGCCUGGAUGAGUUACUAGAAGGUGAAAGCUAUGUGUGUGCUUCCAAUGAACCAUUCCGUAAAGUGGAGUACACUAAGAAUGUCAAUCCCAACUGGUCAGUCAACGUGAAGACGGGCACAUCCCGCUCGCUGCCAUCCCUUACCACAUCAAAGAACGAGCUGAGAGAACGAGAGAGCAAAGACUUCAUCAAACCCAAGCUGGUGACGGUCAUCAGGGGUGGUGUCAAACCCCGUAAAGCUGUCCGGAUCCUCUUGAAUAAGAAGACGGCUCACUCCUUUGAGCAGGUGCUCACGGACAUCACUGAUGCUAUUAAACUGGAUUCUGGCGCUGUGAAAAGACUCUAUACUCUGGAGGGCAAACAAAUAACAUGUUUGCAAGAUUUUUUCGGGGACGAUGACGUGUUCAUCGCGUGCGGGCCUGAAAAGUACCGUUACGCGCAGGACGAUUUUGUGUUGGAUCACAGUGGUAAGGCUUCCACAGCCUUUAUAACCGAAUGUCAGGUCCUCAAGUCCUCCUAUUCUUCUCGUUCUGCUCCCCCUGUGAGAUACUCUGGUAGUAAAAGUCCAGGAUCCACACGCCGCAGCAAAUCCCCUGGAUCUGUGAGAAGAACAGCAGGACAAUUCUCAGCAAACAGCCAAUCUCCAGUCAAAUCACCAAUUAAUGGAGUCCCGAACAGCCAAAUCACUACCCCCAGAUCCGCCAAAUCCUCCAGUUCGUCCCCGACCAGCCCCCGCAGCAUGCGCAACUUCAAGUUUAGUUGCAACAAGCGGAUGGGAGUCCCCCUCCGUCUCUCUGUACAGAUUCCUGCACAUCACUCCUCUGCAACCAAUGUGAAUGGCUCCUCAGAGACUCCCCAACAACUCAACAACAGUGUAAGCCCUGAAGUUAAUGGAAACAGGAACCUAGCUGCUUCCACAAUUAUGGACAAGUACAAAAUUGGCAAAGUUAUAGGUGAUGGGAACUUUGCCGUGGUAAAGGAGUGUGUCGAACGAUCCACUGGAAAGGAGUUUGCACUGAAGAUCAUUGAUAAAAUCAAAUGCAGAGGCAAAGAGCACCUGAUCGAGAGUGAAGUGGCAGUGUUGAGGCGUGUUAAGCAUCCUAAUAUCAUCAUGCUGAUUGAGGAGGUGGAUACGCCCACCGAGCUCUAUCUAGUCAUGGAACUUGUGAAGGGUGGCGAUCUGUUUGAUUCAAUCACCUCCUCAACAAAAUACACUGAACGAGAUGCUAGUGUAAUGGUAUUCAACCUGGCGGCAGCCCUCAGAUAUCUGCACCGGAUGUGUAUCGUCCAUCGAGACAUCAAACCUGAGAAUCUGCUGGUGUGUGAGUAUCCUAAUGGCACAAAGUCCUUAAAGUUGGGUGAUUUUGGCUUGGCCACAGUGGUUGAAGGCCCACUGUACACUGUUUGUGGAACGCCCACUUAUGUUGCCCCAGAAAUCAUAGCAGAGUCAGGAUACGGGCUAAAAGUGGACAUCUGGGCAGCUGGAGUAAUUACCUACAUCCUCCUAUGUGGCUUCCCACCGUUCCGCAGUGAGAAUAACCUCCAGGAGGACCUAUUUGAUCAGAUCCUGGUGGGGCGUUUAGAUUUCCCAUCACCCUUCUGGGACAAUAUCACAGAUUCUGCUAAAGAGUUGAUUGGUCACAUGCUGCAGGUGAAUGUGGAGGCCAGAUACACAGCGGAGGAUGUGCUGUCUCACCCCUGGGUCACGGUAAAUGAGGAUGCUGCAAUGGAAAACAAUAUGAAGAUGGAGGUGGCAGGUAAACUCAAAAAGCACUUUAACUCUGUGCAGAAGCAGAGCAACACUUCCCCUGGAGUCUCUGUGAUUGUGAACACAGCUCUAGAUAAGGAAACCAUCCAGCUUUCUCGCCGGCGUCAGGACCGCAGCCCCCCUCCUCCAGGAAAGAGCCCUUCCUCCACCCACCCAGAGAGACGACGCUCCCACAAGGGACGCUCAUCUGUCCAACUGGAGGACUCUAGGAGUGCUACUCCCGUUGAGCCUUUAGCCUCAACAACCCCCAAUGCACCAUCAGCACCUCUGCCCUCUCCUCACUCUGCCCCUCCUCCCCACUUCCCAGAAUGCAGUGCUGAGGCUGAGGCCAGUAAGGGCCUGCCAAAGGAAGAAUAAUACUACUUAAGGGAAACAAUAAGGAGACAAUAUCAAAUAUAAAUGCAUAAAUACAAAAAUCAUGCUAGCUAAAAGUCUGGAAUACACUACACUACUCUUGCCCCAAUUUGUACAGUCUGGACGAGUACGUCGUCCGAAGAAAGGUUUCAUAGAAAAUUGUGUAUGAUGAGCACAGACUACUGCUUUUUUAUUUACAGAUUCUGAUUCUACUAGUUAAGAGAAUACCAAACAUUAAUAUUUAGGACACACGUGCUGUUUAAAUCUGUGUCUCCUUGCAGUGAUGUGUAGUCUCUGAGGACAUUUGUUGUGUCCGGAAAGACUUAAAAGCAGGGUUGCCAGGUCAACAAAACUAAACCAGUGACUAAUCAAAAACUAGCUCAAAACUAGUCCAAUAACCCUAUCCCAAAUAUGAUUAAAAAAAAAAAUCCCUAAAAUACAUAUUUUACAGUCACAGUUAUGCGUUAUACACAAUUUCAUCUUAGAAGUCACAAUAAAAGUCUGUUUUCAUAAUUGAGUUAAAAGGCUACCUACUAGCUCCCCCUUAACGUAAAUGUAACAUCUAGAACAGGUUAUAAAAUAUUUCAAUAGAAGCAUUUCAGAAUUUUAUAUAUAUAUGUAUAUGUCGAACCAAAAAUAUAUAAAAUAUAUCAAACCUUUAAAUGUACAAUUCACCAUAAAAUGAAAAUUCUGUUAUCAUUUGCUCACCCUCAAGUUGUUCCCACAAAGGGAGAUAUUUUGAAGAAUGUGGGUAGCCAAAGAGUUUCUGGUCCCUACUGAAUUCCAUAGUAUACAGAAUUUUGUUAGCCACAUUAUUCAGAAUAUCUUCUUUUAUGUUCAGCAGAAGAAGGAAAUUCAUACAUGUUUUGCAUCAAAUUGAUUUUCAUUUUUGGGUGAACCAUUCCCACAGCAACAGCAAUUCUGCUGGAAAACGGUGGACAUGGCAACCCUGUGUGAUCCUCAGUCUUUUAAUAUAUGCGGUCUGGUUUUUCUCUGUAACUAUUUACGAAGUCAGUAAGAUAAUGAAGCUGUUUUAAAAUCAAUUCUGUUUUUAAAAGUCAUUUAGUGUAAUCCAGCCUUUAACAAACGUUCAGUACUGUCUGUAUAGUGGCCGUCUGCUUGUAUCCCUGCUUUCUUCUUCCAGUUUGGCUUCUGAGUCCAGCACCCAGGGUGGGUUUGAAAACUUAAUGUGUGAUUGUUUGUAUAUAGGUGCUUUGGAUAUGAAAGAUCCGCUCUGCUUUUUUAUUUACUGUGUUCAACUCAUGUCUUGGUUAUGAAUAGUGAAACACUUUUUAGGGUGGAUCUAAACAUGCUACCGGAAAAAGACUUUGAAACUGGCAAGAAACUUGCCCUGCUGAAACUUCAAAUACAUUUUCAAGAUUGUGUUUGAAAAUAGACUGCUUGACUUUUUGACUCUGCUGAAGAAACAAGAAAGCGAUUCGCAUUUGUGGGGGUGUGUUUUCUUAAGAGUGACUAGCACUGCUGUGUUUCUGGGGUCAUUUUGCAGUAGUUUAGAGUUGCCUUCAUAUGAGCCAGCAAAGCAAGAAAUCUGUAGGGAUUGUUUAUAGUUUUGUUCGUUUGCUAAUUUAUUUGUACAGAUUAGACAAAAUGUGAAAUUGUAUUUUAGAAUAGUUAGACAUUUUCAAUCCGGAGUCAUUAAGUGCACGAUAUUUUAAUUCCUCUGUUGCAGCAAUAUUAGAUUACUAUCUCAAGUCUUGGAUUUGUCAUCUAUUGUUCCAUGUACUACUUCUGUACUUGUUAUCUCUUUGCUCAACAUUACACUGAUUUUUCAGAACGGUAAGCCUGAAGGGAGUGAUCUAGCUUGUUAAUUAAGGUAUGUGACACGAUGCACUGCUUUUUUUUUGACAUGCAUUGGAGGUUUUGAGAAAUAUGGCAAUAUUCCGUUUUAUUUCUGGAAAGAUAGAUUUUAUGUUUAAUAGAUGUCAUUUUCCAUUAGUGUUCUGUAUCAUCACAUAAUAAAAGUAAUGCAAUAAAAUUAUCUUGCUGUUGUU